CAGCCACAUACGGGCGUUCGAGCGCCAGAAUCUGAAUUUUGAUUUACAUGAUACCAGGGAGUGAACUUGUGUAUACAUUCAUAUUAGACUAACUAUUGUGGGUUAAUUCAUUGUGGAAUAGAUAUGGCGUCGGAAACGUUCAGAUCAAUGUACAAACCGAAAUUGAAAGAGGAAAACACGACAAUGAGUAGACGAAAGUCUAGAGGUAUUGAACGAAAACAGCUACGUGCUGAUGAAGUCAAUAAAAGAAGACAUGUCUCGAAUGAUAUUUCAAUCGUUGAAGAAGACCACAAUACCGAAGAUGGACAUGAUCAUGCAAUAUUAGGUACUGAUCGAUAUAUUUUGUUAAUUGGCUUUAAAAACAUCUUCACUUUUACUUAGGCUACUCAUACUAAAAAUAAACUAAAAUUAACUGGCCACCACUUACUACAUACAGUAGUCUCAGUAGUAGUAGUCUGGCUUCAUUACUGCUAGUAUUAGCCCAAAAGUUAAGGGGCUAACCAAAAAUGGUAAAUUUUUCAGAAAUAAUUGUGACCUACUGCCUACUCCUUCCUCUUAUCUUGUCAUAUGAACAACUGAGACAACUCUCAGUGUCUAACUUUCAUUCAACCUGCCCUCCACAAUUCAGGCAAUUCAUUGAAUAAAUCAUAGCCCAUUCUAUUCAAAUUCAACUUAAUUCAAGCCCAUUGUUUACCUCCCUCAGCUCAAGAAAAUGUAAAUACAUUAUUAAAUAGUCAUAUGUCAUGGAUCUUAUUGAAUCAUGAUUGAAUGCUUAAAAAAAAUUUAGAAACAGGGCCAGGCAUGGAACAACAAAUUUAAAACGCUAACUCUAACCUAACAGUACUAACACAAACGUCAUAGCCUUUGUAUAAUCGAAGUGUCUACAUGUCCGGCAAACAGAAGAAUGAUUCUUGAGAUAUUCGUCGGCGACCAGAUCACAUGACCGCUGUAACAAAUUUGGGCCAGAUAUCUGUCAGUCAGGAUUGUCACGUGACCGCUAAUAGUCGAUAAUAAAACUGGCGUCGUAGAUCCAUUGGGGGGGGGGGGGGGGGGGCGAGGGGUAAACCCUUAUUUUAUGGGGGGGGGGGGGAAGCAAUGCUACUUGAAUGCAUACUAAAAGGAAGAAAUACUGAGAGCGAGAAAGGAUAAAAAUGGUAGUGAGGGUGAUAAAUGAUUAAGGCGGGGAGGUUGAAAGUUCACAUAGAAAUAGACACUACAUCUUAAUAUAAAAAUAGGGCCAAUAUAGUGUGCCAACUUCUCACGCAAUAUUAAUAGUCUAAAAUAAAACUUUUUAACAGUAGAUCUAUUGACAGUCAACUGGCAAGUAUUGGUCUUAUUUUGUUUGGUUCAUUUCAAAUUUAGGCUACUAGGUAGAGCUUUUAAGAUAUUUAAACCAAGAUAACGGACUUUUAUUUUAUUUUGCUGGCGACCUCUUUUCACAUGACAUGUCUGCCGGAAUAAUAACACACUAGUCGUCAAGCGGUCACAUGACAUGCCCGCUGGAAGAAUAUCUCCCGCACUAUUUGUCCGGUCGCCGGACGUGUAGACACUGCCUUGUAUUUAUUAUUAAAACAUUUAAAAUUUGUAACAGUUACUGUAACACUCGAUGUCUAAAAUACAGUUACUUUAAGUUAGAGGUAGGGCCUGUGAUAUCUUUCACGCAGGCAAAUGACUUAAUCACAUAUUUUUUUUAGUUGAGGAGCAGGUGGUAAUCAUGUCUUGGACUUAACUUACCAUUAAGCAACCCAUUAACAUUAAUCAGUGGGUGCUGUUCUGACCAUUUGAUAGCCAAAUUUAGAUAUCAGUUGUUGUUUUUUUAAUAAAUAAAAAGUCCAUUUUUAUUUUAAAUAUUUUUCAAGCACAUUCUCCACACAAAAAGGCAGAAAGUCUAGCUGACCGUCUGAAAAAGUGGAGAGAAGAAAAAAAAAAGCAGCGUGAGGAAGCGAAGAAUUUAAAAAAACCAAUGUUCAAAGUUUCUUCAAAUGUACAGGGCUCUAUCAACAGUGACUUGUUUAUUAGAAAGGAAAAGGUUAGUGUUAUCAGUAGAAUUUAAGGGGCACUUUAAACAGUAUUGUUUUUUUUACAAAGGAUUGUGGGAGGAGGGUGGGGGGGAGACCCUGAUCAGGUUUGGUAAAAGGAAAUAUUUAAUACUUGGUAGGCAGGGGAAAACAUGAAAAAAGGGCGCAACAGAAAGAGUGUCAGCAAGAAACAUCCUUUUUUCAGGUUUUCCCUUACAUUUUAUUAAAUGUUUCCUUUCUUAUAAAUGUCAGUUCAAUUUGUACAUUGUACAAAAUAUGAUAAUUCUUAAUUACAUUUUUAAUCUGUUUUAUACCAAAGAAAUUUAGCAUCUUAGCCUACAUGUUAAUGUUAACUUUUAAUUCAAAGUUUUAUAUUUUAGUCCACUUCUUUGCCUCCAGAAAAUGCUUUUCUACUGUUUAAUUAAUAUAUUGAUGUUAAAAAGUUUAAUUUAUUAAAAUUCAAAUCAAUGUGUUUUAUUUAUUGUUAUAAAAACUGUUUUUUAGGUUACACCUGCUGGUGCAAUGUUGAAAAGUGCCAAACCUUCAUCAAAAGAGUCAUUGAAAAGAGAUAAUGUAUCAGCCGGUAAAACAGAAAGUAAGCGAGUAACCCAUUCACUGAAGGAAAACCCUGUUAAGCCCAUUGUACAAGUGUCUAAACCUAGCUCCAAUAGGAUAACUCGCUCCAAUACAAAACUGGCAUCUACAACUACUAAAGGUGCUGUCAAAACAGUUGCAGAGACGAAGAAACUCUCAGGGGCCACAGUCGGCUCCCAGAAAGAUAAGACUAAGGAGAAACCAUCUGGACUUUACACUAAACUUACAGAGGCUGCUAAAGCAAAGGUAAAAUUUCAAUUACAGUAUGUAAUUAUUGUAAUCACUUUGAUCCCAAAAGAUGGCAAAGUAUAUUUUCUCGGGUACCAUUACCACACACAUCGGUGGAAAGGCUCCUUAACAUUUUGUGUCAUAUCAUGGCAGUUCCGUAUAUCUUUGUUUAUAAUUCUAAUACAAAUUGUUUGGUUUUGAUGGCAUUCGUAAAAUAUUAAUGUUUUGUUCUUACUUUUAAAAACAUGUGCUAAGUUGUGGCAACCGACAACCAGGAAUAUUACUCAAUAUAAAUAAAACUUGUUUUGAGAAGUUAAGGGGGCGGGUAUUGACUAAUUGACUUAUCAAUAUUUUAUCAUUAAUAUUUAUUUUUAUUCUCUUUAUACAUAAUGAAAUUGAAUUGAAAUGUUUAAAUAAGAAAUAUAUUUAAAAGCGAAAUAAUGUCGAUGGAAGCUACCAAAUUUAGAGCAACCUAAAAAGUGAAAGUCUUACAAUGUCAUAAAGUUAACAAAAUGUUGUGAUGAGAAACUUAAAUCGCUCAAGCGAUCCCUGGGAUAUUUUCAGAUGACUCUUGAGAACCACUGCUGUAGUAGAAAGAGAAAGGCAGAGUUCACUUUAUGAUUAAACAUUGAGACAAAAUGGGAAUACAAAAUUAAUUUGUAUUUCUGAUCCUAAUAAUAAUUUAUUUGGUCUUGCGGUAUAAAUGAUAUAAAAAUAGCAUUCUUGGCUGGUAGUCUUGUAACGGUUCAAUGAAAUAUUAUACAAGAAAACAGUUUGUUUAUUAAUAAUUUAUUUGGGAAUACAGUAUAAAUGAUAUAAAAAUAGCAUUCUUGUCAGGUAGUCUUGUAUUAGUUCAACUAAAUAUUAUAAAAGAAAACAGUGUUUUUAAAAUGAUUUUGUACACUGUGUAAACUAUAUUUGUUUCUGAGCAAUUUUCUCUUUACCUAAAGUGACUUUUACAUCUUUAGCUAUUGUUGAUUUGCAUAUAACUAGUAUUCUAAACUUUUGUUAAUGCUUUGUUGUAAUUAUAAAUUUAAAUGUUUCCUUUCAUUUUAAUAAGUUCACUUAAUCGCUGUUGCCCUAUUGUACUGAAAUAUAAAAUGAGCCCAAGGACCCAAGUUCACUCUUUUUGAAAAGCUUACUGUAGGGACUUCGGUAUGAUCCGGGAAGUGCCGAAAACCGGGUAUCGUGAUUUCGUUGUCAAAAUGGCGACCUCCACUUUUUAAUUUACCGAGGGUUGUGUUGUUUAAGAUUUUUUUGCUAAAGUUAGUUUUGUUAUUAAAUUCUAUUUCUGCCCUCAACUUAAAGCAGACAUGUUUGUUGUUCAUGUGACACUUUUCUUUAAGAAAAAAUUUGACAGUUUGACAUUAAAAAUUAAUGGUAAAUAAUAGCUAAUUUGACUCUUUCAUAAUUUUUUUUUGGAAAAUAUAAGUUUAAAAAGAGAAAAUACCAAUGUUAGAUGUAGGCAUAAAUGACAACAUAUCCAAAAUUCGUGAGGUUAGGACCCCGCCAUGGGUGAGAAAUUUGUGUGCAAAAUUUUUGUCACAUGUGUCCCAAAAUUACCUAUUAUCGAUAAUGGACGUUUUUGUAAUAAGCAACUUGAUUUACACUGGAAAUCCAGCAUAUUACCCACUAAUAACUAAUUUUAAAACAAAGCAACAAUUUACUAGCACAAAUACCUAUUUAUAAUAUUAUCUGAUGCUUUAUUUUGAGGUAUUAAUUGGGGGAGUGGGAUAAAUAACCCUAGCCUUAGUAGCAUUAUUACACUUACAGUAGGAAAAUAUAUAUAUAUAUUUAUUUAUAUAUAUAUAUAUAUAUAUAUAUAUAUCCUUUAAGCCUAGUAUAGACCUAGUGACAUCCCAACUUGUUAUUGCAGAAUCUAUUAUAGGUAAAUGAUAUUUAUGGCUAUGUAGGCCUAAUCAUAUUUUAAUAAACAUUAUGAUUCUUAAAAUAAAAUUAAAAAUGUAAAUAUUCACUUACCUUUGAUAUUGAAAUAUCCUGUAUUCACUCACAAAUCACAAUAUUCCACAAGAAACUUAUUAUAUAAUAUAAUCCUCAAUAUUCAAGAAAUAACACACUCUGCCACAGUGAUCCAAGAAUUUCUUAAGAUAUUAUUAAAGAAUAAUCAUAAAAGCUUGUACUUACCUCAAGCAAAUGACUAGAACUUAUUUUAAUUUCUAUCAACUGUCAAAGUUGAUACAUUUUGAUUUGUGAAACAAGAUUACUAACUUAAAAUAAAGAAUCUGCUAUUUUUUUGGUCAUAUUCAAAUGAGACUAAAAAUACAUAUAUAGAAAAUGGAAAAAUAAAAAGUAUAAUUGUCAAUUUUAGAUAAAGGAAUCAAAUAAUCCCUGUAUUAUUAUUUGAUACUUAUAAAUGUUAAACAAUUCCAUUGAAAAUUUGAAAUUAAUAUCUAAAGAAUAUUAUUAUUGUUAUAAAAUUAGGGAAAUUUAAUAUAUAUGUGUUUUUAAAAAAUAUAUUAAUUAAAUACAAAUAAGUGACGAGUCAGCAUAUUUGAUACAUUUUAAUAAGGAAAAUUAUCAAGAUUAAAAAUAUUUUUUUGCUAAAUUAGGGAAAUUUAAUAUAUAUGUGUUUUUAAAAAAUAUAUUAAUUAAAUACAAAUAAGUGACGAGUCAGCAUAUUUGAUACAUUUUAAUAAGGAAAAUUAUCAAGAUUAAAAAUAUUUUUUUGCAGAAUAUUAACAAAAGCUACAAUUGUAUUUUGUGGCUUAAGGGGGGACAGGUAGUCAAAAUGCUAAAAUUUUAAACACAUGACUAAGACAGAAUAUUUUUUGCUAAUCACAUUGCAAAAGCAAUAAAAACACUUAAAAAAACCAAUUGGGACUAAUUAAUUAUUUUUUUUAUGCUUUUGAUGAGAAAAUAGGGGUAAAAUUGAGCAAUUUUAUAUACUUACAGGAAACAGCGUAGCUCAAUAACCACCAAUAAGAAUUCAAUGAAACUUGGCAUAAAUAUUAAAAAUAGGACAUUGCACAAUGUGAUAGAAGGAAAUUAGCAUAACUGAAAAAAUAAUUUUUUUGUGAAUUUUUUAAAAUUAUGUCAAAAAAUAAUCCAUCAUUUACGUAAACUGUUCUAUCAAAAUUCAAAAUAAUUUUUUUGUCUCUUAAAAUAGAAUAAAAACCCUCUAUCACAUUGUAGAUAAACAUGUUAGGAACAUGUGGUGCAAAUUUCUUUAUAAUCUGAUAGGUUGUUUCUGAGAUACACUGCUUCCAAUAACCUGACCCUCGUAAAAUUGACACAAAUGAGAAAAUGCAAAAAGAAGUUUUAUUAUUGAAAUAAUUUAUUUUUCAAAUAAUUAAAGUGGCAUAAAGUUAUAUUAUUAUAUCACCUUGGCUUCUUGAAAAUAUGAUACAUCAAAAAUAUAUUUAAAAAGUCUUUCUGUGGAAAAAAUAUAACUGAUUCUCUAGCCCACCCCCCAAAGAAAAAAAAUGCGAAAAAUUUAAAUAAAUCUGCUCUGAGAUAAAACUGCCUCUUUUCCUCUUAUGUGUUGUGGAACCUCUUCUGAGCAAUAGCUGACUGCCAACAGUAACAUGUCUUUCCAGUAGGGCAGUCAUGGUGUUUAGGGUUCUCAUCAGGCCAGGCAGCUGCAAGCAUGCGGAAAAUGUCAGAAUAUUCCUCCGAAGGUCUUUUCAUCUGUAACUUUCGAUGGCCACUGCAUUCUCACAGAGCCACUGCUGAAGAUUCAUUUUAUCUGUUAAAAAUGUAUAUAUAAUUACACUUUGCUCCAUCAACAAUAAAUAUAGUAACAGCAUUACAUUUUUUUUUAUAAAUGCAGAUAGAUAAUAUAUUGAGCAGCUGUUCGUGGGGCCUGUAGAGAUGACAAUAUAAAAAAACAAUUAUAUAUCAUUAUGAUAUAAACCUUACAAUACUUCCAGUCUUACACUUACACCCACCUGGCAUCAGGUGUCAUGGCACUCUUAGAUUCUACUGCCACCAUGUUUCCAAGAGUAGUACCUGUUCGAAGCAAGCUGUACUUUUGGCUCGCAGAAUCGCUGCUUGUUUUCUUGGUGCCAUUUCACUGCAAAUAAAUCAGAACAAUUUAAUUUUAGUCAUCAAGGUAAAGAAAGGAUUACAAAUGAAGUGGUUAAUUCCUUAUCUUUUAAAUUGUUGAUGAUGAGAGACGUCAAUCAAACCCAACAACACCCACACACCUUUCAAAUAACUAACCUCAAACAAAUUUUUUUUUUUUUUUUUUAGUUUACACUCAAUUCUUGACAAGUAAAUAAGCACAUAAUAAAAUAUAUCUGGUUAAUGAUAGUUAUUAAAUAUUAAAACUUUGAAACAAGUAUAUAUAUAUAUAAUUUAUAAUUUAGUUAGUUUCAGAACUGAAAUGAUCCUUGUAUUUAUAAUAAUUUGUAUGGGUAGGUUGUCACUACUGACGUGAGAAAGCAUGACGUUGACGAUACUGAUACUAGUACUAUUACUAAAACAAUUUUUAAUAAUGAAAUGGUAAAUCAUACUACAUCCAUAUUUACCUUUGGCUUGUUAUUGAACAAAUAUAGUGAGCACGAAAAGAGCAGCCUUUGAUAAAUCCAAUGUAAGUCUGACAAACGGUGGAUAGUUUUAUCAACACAGAAUGGUUGCGAAACGAAAGUAACCGUGUUGCAUUUCGGUAUACGGUAACCCAAUUUGUGCUAUUUUUGGUAACAUUACUUAUAGUUGACCAAUGAAAUUACAGGCUUUACUACACGAUGACGUAGAAGCCGUCUAAACACACUUUUACAACAAAUGUGACGUAUUGCACAGCUCGCUUCUCUUUGUUAGGUAGAAUGAUUUUGAGAUAAGUAGGUCAAAGUUGUAGCCAGUGGUCUAAGCUUUCCAAAGAGGCCUAACAAUAGGCAUUAGGCUUGAAGGAAUGCGGUUGUAAAGGGUUUUAAAAUGACCAUAACGUAUCGGAAAGCCGAUUUUCCUGAAAUGGUUGCCUAGAUACGUGUUAUAUUAGGACAAAUUAUGUACUUAGAACAAUUAUUUUUAGCAAAUUUUAUUUGUGGAUUGUGUUUAUAAGAGGUUAUUGUAACCAAAUAUACACUUUUUGGAAAAUUGAAAAAAAAAAAAAAAACAUGAUUUUUACGUAAAGUUGACUACCGGUCCCCCCUUAAUUUUGAAGAACUCAUAUUUAACUGUGUUCCCUGUAAAUAUUAUAUUUUUGUCUCAUUUUAUAACAAAGUUAUAGGCAUAAAAACAAUAGCAAUAUAAGGGGGACGAAAUGUGGAGGAAAAUCCCAUAGUGAAAAAGUGCUUUUGAGGUCCAUACUAAAAAAUUCAUAACUUUUGAACCACUUGAGCUAGAAAGUUGAUCUUGGUGUUUUUGUAAACCACUCUAUUGGCUCUAUACAGCUGUAGUAGUUUUAUAUUUUUUUAAAUGUUUAGAAAUUUUCAUCAAAGUGCCUACUUACUGGUUAAAAUGGGUUAGGCAAAAUUGUCUUGUGACUUGUACACAAAGUUUUACCUCCCACAUAAACAUGAUUUUAAAAACUUGCCAAUACUUUCUAAAACAAUUUUAAUCAGGUUAACCUUGGAAAACCCAAAGAGUUUUUGAGAGCCAAAGUUCAUGUCAAUGUGCCAACUAAGGGUACAAAGACAAGUAAGUGGUAUUUUCAAAUUUAUUAUUUAAUCAAUAGACGUAUGAAUGGUUUUGUAUUGGAUUUCACAAUUUAACAAAUAUAGAUCAUCUGUUCAUUUCAGAAUUACAUAGUUCAAUAGAAUAAUUUAGAUUCCACUUUCGGACUUUAUCAUGUCUGCAUAAUUAAAUAACUAAAUACACGGCUUGAAAAUUGUAUUAUUAAUAAAUUAAUUACAGAUUAAAUUACUGAUCUAGGCAGUUUUCCCAAUGAUCUCAUGGUCUAGACAGUUUUCCCCAAUCAUUUAGUGGUUUAGGCAGUUUUCCCCUGUCAAUUAGUGGUUGUGGCAGUUUUCCCAUUCAUUUAAUGAUCUAGACAGUUGUCCCAAUCAUUUAAGACUUUGUUUUCAGAAGCUAAGAAUGGCUCCCCAGAGCGAGAUUCACCCAGAUUACCAAAAGACAAAGAUGUAGCCCCUAAUAGAAAGUUAUCUGAGUGUGCUGCUGUUUGUGCUGGUGCAAGUCAUCUAGAAACAUCUUCUUUUGAAAAUGAACAAGGUAGAUAGUAGAAGAUACUUAUAAAAGAAGUUUAGGAAAUCCCUUUAUUGUGGUAGAUAUAGGAUGGGCACAAUAUAGUGCUUGGUAUAGGCUGGGAACUCUAUGGCGCUAGGUGUAGGAUGGAAACAAAUUCACUUGAGUUAGAAAUAAAUGUCAAUCCUGUGCUAAAACUGGUUGAAAUAUUAAGAAAUUGUUGAUGCAAUUUUUGCUUAUGUUUCAGGACUGCAUUUAUCGGAUUCAAAUGUGUCCACCCCUAAGCAUUCAACGCCUAGGAGAAUAAGAAUAUCAAGUAAUGGCCUGAGAAGUACAUCAGGUAAAAAGUACAGAAAGACACCAGCAGCUAGGCACAGUGCGCCUCACCAAAAAAAGACUCCUCGAAGAUCAAGUCGAAAUAUUUCUGCCAUCCAUUGCACCCCUAAAAAACCUGUGGAUCAGCUUCCUGAAAAAGACAGGACACCAUUAACAACAGCAGAACAAGACUCACAGGUGAAGAACUCACCAACAUUGACUGCACCUGGACAUAACAAGACCAGUGAAUCCUUGAAGAGGAAGGUUAACAGGAAAGACAAAGAAAACUGUCUUUCUGAAGAAAACGCUGGACAACUAAUUAAAAGUGCAGCACAAUGUUCAUCUCCAGAGUCUGCUGGACAGGAUUUUUCUGUAGUGAUAACUCGGUUGGGUUCAACUGAUGCCCCUGUUAUGGGUGACAAAGGUCUAGAAAAAAAUGGUCACGACUCGAUGAACAUAAGAUCUUCACAGAGAAGAAAGUCUAAGACUAUGAGUAAUGUACAAAAUCAUAAAACUUGUGAUACAACACCAAAAGAUAGCAAGAGUGAGAUUUUGAGCAAUUCUGUAUCCAAGAAAAAUCAACAACAGGAGUUCACCUUUGCUGGAGAAAAUGAUGAAAAUGUGGAAGUUCAAAUUCCACAAAAGCGUCUGGAAUCUAGUGUUACCGCCUUGAUUGAUAACGGAUCCGAGGAAGAAAUGACAAGCCCCGCUAAAAGGCGUAAGCAGUCAGUUGCUCAAGAAAAAAGAUAUCUUGACGAUGAAACAUUGUCUAAUGAUGGUAUUGGCUUGGAUAAACAGGUCAAUUUUGAUGUUGACUUAAAAAGUGCUAAAGUAGAUAAGAAAUAUCAUACUAGAAAGAGCCUAAGACGUGGAGCAUUAGCAGCAAGCACUGGAAAUUCUAGUACCACAGAAAGUGAAUCAGAAAAUAUCCAAUUUAGUCCCAGGGCAAGUUUUGGUUCUAGGGGAAGUAAAGGAAGACGUUCAGGGAGAAAAAGUUCUCGCUCUGUUGUGGUGUCUGUUAGUGAUGAAGGGACAACUGAUGCUAAUGGUAUGUUUGAAUUUCUAUGAUUUUAAUUUUUCUGAAUAGAAAAGCUUCAAGUAAAGGUUUACUUCUGGGGUCUGGAUUUUUUAAUAAUUUAGAUGAGAGAAAAUGUAUCAUCUGAGAUCAUUCCUAUUUUUAAAUCCUUUAAUAUUAACUUUGCUUUUGUUCAUGGGUGGUUGGCUUGCGGGCAAAAUCUUUGGAUGCCUAAUUAAUGACACACUUCUUAUCUAUCUAUCGAGCUGAGAAUUGGCACAUGGUCUCGUUACUGAUAGCACAUUCUUUGAAAUUUACAUCUGAACCCCCAAAAAUCUGUUUUUCAAGGGGAAGAUAAAAUAAAAUUCACGAUAACUGCGUUAAAUGAGAUUCUUUUUAAAAACUGCAUUUGGUUGGUAACAUUUUCUUUUGCUUUUCUCAAAUUUUUGGUAAAAUUAAUCUGCUGUGUAAAAGUAGGUGGGUCAUUGAAAAAAAUGUGUGGUUGGGAUUCUUAUAAAGGUUGUUACUUGUUUUGUCAAAUUUUUAGCUCCACCCCCUAAUGCCAGAUAUUACAUUUUAUAUAGGAUUUAUACGAAAAACUGUGUUAUUAGGGGUUGUACAACAUUAACUUUCUGAUUUUGCCAAAUUUUAAACAACUAUUUACGAAAAGAAACAGUUUGAUCAAAUUGAUUAUUUAUUCAUACAUUCUAAAAAAAACUUAAAACAAUAAAUCAUUUAACAAAACAAGGCUGACUAUGAGAUCAAUCAUUGCAGGGAAAAACAUCAUUGAAGAGUUUCAUCCUAAUGUCGAAUAUCAUGAUGUCAGUAACUCGUUUUCUCCAAAUCGGUCUGGAAGAAAAAUAAAAUCCAGGAAGUCAGUGAUGUUAAAGGUCAGUGAUGAAGUAACAUCUAUGACAGUGUCUGGGCCACAGGUUGAUGUUGUGUACCAUGUGAAGAAACCAGCAUUGUCUGAUGGCUCAUCACGUCCUUUGCAGGAACUGGCUGUUGAAAAGAUGGACGGUGAAGUCAGUUUUAUAGAGGUAGGUGAGAGUAUAUAGUCAAGAAAUUAUAUAGAGGUAGUUUAAGACAUUGAUUUUCAACCUUUUACUAGAGCUGAACUGGGAUGCUGACCCGGACACGCAGAGUAUUUGCACGUAACGGACCUGGGUAUGAGAGCUACGGUCUUGAGAAGUCAGCUUAUUGAUGCUUGUUAGGUUAUACACAAUUUUGUUGUGCGAUUUUAAGAUUAUUAUUCAGUGAUCGUGAACAAAAAAAAGCUUUGCAUUACUUAUUUAAAAUUUGGAUUUUAAAGAUAGAAAAUUUUUAAGUUUCUAAAAAUUGUUUUAUUUUAAAGGUCCCCCUGGAUGAGACUACAAGUGAAUCCUCUUUUAAGAAGCAGCAGCCUGCAUCCAUAGACAACAUUGAAACUACACAGGCCUUCAUACCAUCACAAUCCUUUAGUGAAAGAACUCUGUCUUACCUAGACACACCACCUAAACAUUCUUUACCAAUAGAUUCAAGUACAGCAUUAAGCACCAUUAGCUCCCCAGUCACGCCAAGAGUACUUAGAAGCAGGGGACUAUCAAUUGGCACACCUUCAACAUUCAAAACCCCUUGUCAACCAGUGUCUGCUAUAAAAGCAAAGAGUGGAAGGCGAAAGACAGACAGUGUUAAAAUCAAGUCUCCAGAGGAAAUGUUGGUAUCAAAUUUUAUUCUAUGACAGGCAGUUCUUGUUUUAAAAACCGGUACUCUAACUAGAGGUUGUGCAAGUUUUUUUCUUUUUUGUUAGGCAUCAAACCACCUUAAUUAAGCUGUUGAACCCAAGAUCACACUUAAUUUUGUGUGUUAAAAAUCCAUGCCCUUGCAGAAAUCCAUAAAAAUUUUAUAUUAACAAAAUAUUUGCUCAGUUCCCUGAAUUUGAUCCACAAAAAUGUGGUCAAUAUUGAGGUUACAGUUUACCACCUGAUUUCUGACUGUCACUUCUGUUCUGUUUGAGCAGAAUUCUUUUAGAAGUAUAGAUGUGACAAAAAAGUAAAAUUUCUUUAGAUCAAUGCUGCUCAACCUUUUUGACUCUGUAGGCCAAAAAUUUUAUUGCCGCGAAGCCAAGGGCCGCACAUGACAUCUCUUAAAAGAGUGAUUUUUUAAAAAAUACUUCAAAAAUUUGUAACAUUAUUAAUACUUCUCACCUUAUGCUUAAAGAAACAUAAAUCCAUUUUCAUUAUUUGCUCAUUAUGACCAUAAAUAAAGAAAAUAAAGUCUGUGGCACUUAUUUAAUGUGAUAUUGGGAUUUGAAUUGUGCUUAAUUGCUUCCUAAUUUGAGAUAGUUUAAGUAUCACCUGGCCUUGUUAGAUUUUCUAAAUGUUCACCUGUCAAAGCAUUAGAUUAUCUGGACUUGUUAGUUAUUACAGAGAAUCAAGCUUCACUUACCUAGGUGCUUCCAAAGGCAUGGUCAACAUUUUGUUACAUUUCCAUAGUUGUGAAAAUUCAUCGGAUGAAACAUAUCAUCCAGAAUUUAUUUGGCCAUGAGUUAUUAUUUUUUUAUAUAUAUAAAAUACUUUCAAGAAUCAUUCCUACUGUCUCUCACGAUUCCCACUUUACUGAAUUGAGCUCACUACAAACACAGCUUGUGUCCUAUUUACUACACAUUGAACGUCUCAUUCUCUGGAAACUUGUUACUUGUCCCCCAACAAACCCUCCCCCCUACUUGGCUAGACUGCUGUUUCAAUAACACAUUACCAUAAAUGAUCCGCACUGCCCUCCGUAGUCAUUUGUGGCACCGAUAGUACUCUAGUACUCCCAUCUCGUUUACUCUGACUGGCAGACUUUCCUGUCAUAUUAUCAUCCUACAAAGCGUAGUCGUUAACUUGCGGUGCUCAUCUAAUUAAUGUAGUUUGGUCCCCUUUGUAAUGGCAUGGAAUUUUUAAGAUGACCAAAUAGUUACACACUAAGUUACUUUUUGGUUCCUAGUUCAUAUUUCCCAACGCCAUUAGUAAUUAUACCUGAUACCCCUGACAUCUUUCCUAUACAAUCAGAAUAAAGAAUGAGAAGACAAUAACCCAUUUCACCCCAUGUUUGCUGCUUUCAGGCCUGAUUACUCUUACGAUUUUGGCGUAAAAUGUACAAUUUUGAGGUUUCUUUUACGAUUGUAUGCAGAGAUCCGUCAAAACUACGAUUUUAAGAGACCAGCUUGAAAAAAUAUAUAUAUUCCAGUAGUUUUUUCUGAUUAAAAUAAAAAUAAUAAAUUACAUUUUUUGUUAGUUUUAAUUUGCGUUCUACACCCAGUAAUGAAUGGAUCGACAGAUACAAUUGGUUGGGGACCAUCUUUAAUUAUAUGACGUUAGCCCUGAGAUGGGAAUGUAGUGGUGUUGAUUUAGGAGAUUUUUCUUUUAAAAAAAGGGGGGGGGGUCUAAGUAUUUAAGUCAAUGAUAAAAUUAACAUUGCAGCAUUUUCGUAAUUUUUUUUGGGGGGGGGGGUGUCAUCUCUGUAGAAAGUAUGUGUGGUAUUAAAAAAUACUACAAUAAUCAUCCUGAAAAUAGCAUGUUAUUAUCACAAAUGCUGUAAAAAUAGUGAGAUGAGAGUCGUGUCGGUGUAAUGAGGUUUUUAUAAAGGAUGUAUUGUGAACUGCCAGUUACUGUGAUAAGAUCCUGUAAAUCUUCUUCUUCUUUAUUUUUAGGGCCCAUGAUCAAUGAAUUGAUCAUUCUGGCUCCUAAAGAGCAGUUAUAAUUGCUUUGAUUGAACGUUGCUGUUGCUCUUAAGUUGGGACCAAGUGUGGUUGUUCUAUAGUGAAGCUAGGCAUUGCCAAUGAUAAGAAAGAAGAUUGUAACAUGCAAUACACAGAACUUUAUUAUGAAAUACUUUUUCCAUAUUACAGCUUCUCUGUGAUUUCCCUACGAUACUGAAUCAAUGAAUGUCAUUAGAAAAUAUUUUCAACCUAACAUGUAAUAAAAUAUAUUUUACACAUCAUAGAAAUGUCUCAACCUUUGAUGUGCAAUUAAAAUCGGUUCGCGGCUGCAUGCUGGCCACGGUUGGACAGCACUGCUUUAGAUGCAUACAUGUGAUCAAAAGUAAAAUUUCUAUGACUGAAACCUGAGUGAGAUGAUAAUUGAUAAUGUUUUGAAAAUGGAUUAUAAUGAGUUCAGACAUAGAUUGUGACAAUCAUUUGACACUGGUGCUAGUGAUGGAAUUUGUGCUUUGGAGAAUUAAUAGAGAAUUAACAGUAAUAUUUAUGCCAAGCCCUAAUUUUUAUGAAAGUUUGGUGAAACUGUAUUUUACAGUUAUUCAAUAAUAAUAUUCUCCCAGUUAUUCAUUUUAAAUUGACUACUAGAAGAAAAUGUAUUUAUCAUUUUAUAAUCACAGAAUUUUGUGUUUGUUUGUGUAACUGUUCAUGGGCAUUUAAAAACUAUGCACCAAGAGUUCAAGGGUUAAUGCUCACUUAUGUAUAAAUUGGGAAGCUAAUAUGAAAAUGGUCUUAAACUUAAAGGAUAUUUAUCAUGUCUGAGCGUGUUAUUAAGCAAAAAUAUACUAAGAAAGAAGUUACAAUAGUUUUUGACCCACAUUUUUUUUAAAAACUUAAUUUAUUUUGUUUCCAUUGUGUGAUUCUCUGGGCCUAUAAUGUUUAUCAAUCAAAUAUUGAUAUUUAUCAAGAACUGCCUGUACUUAAAAUUUUUGAAUGCUUAAUUAUUAUUUUAAAGAAUUUUCUGUGCUUCUUGUUUUUUAUUGCUAAUCAUUUUCAUUUUUACACAGGUAGGAAAUUCUUUUUUUUUUCUUUUUCUUUUUUCAGCUUUUAAUUUCAAUUCAUUUAUUUAUUUAAAAAAAAAAAAAAAUUCUUUAUAACAGGGUUGAAAUAUGUCACGCUUCUUGACAUCCCCACGUAAAAUUCUUAUUUAAUUGAUAAGUAACAUUGAUUAUGUUUCUCUUGAACAAUUUUUUUAUUUGGGAUAUGAUGGGAUGGGGAGUGGUGGUGGUGGGGGGGGGCUGCCAUCAGGUGAGGUAGAAGGAAAUAUAUUAAGGAGUAUGGGGAAAAGACGGCCAUCAGAUUAGGUAGAUAAAGACCUGUUUACCUUUACGAUUUUGAGAUGUCUUUUACGCUUGUACGCCAAGACCUGCCAGAACUACGAUUUUAAGAGACUGGGUUGAAAAUAUAUAUUGUCCAGUAGUUUUUCCAAUUCAAAAAAAUUAAAAAGUGCUUUUUCGGUUAUUAGUUUUAGCUCCUUUCAAAAUAAUUGGUUGUGGACCAUCUAUAAUUAUAUUACGUUUGCCCUAAAAGGAGAAUGAAGUAGUGUUGAUUUAGUUGUGGGGUGGGGUUUAAAUAUUUAAGUCUAUAAAAUUAACUCCGCUACAUUUUCGCAAUGGUAGUGGUGAUGGUCAUUUUGUUGCUAGACACUGCAAUGUAAUGUUACUUAUUCUUAUAUUUGUGAUAGCCCAUACAUAUCUGAAAUGUUAUAUCCUUAGAGGGCAGCAAGAGGAAUGUAAUGUUACUUAUUCCUAUAUUUUUUAUAGCCUGUACAUUGUCUUUUUAAGCAUAACAUUUUAUUAUUUUCUUAUGAAAGCAUCCAGCUCAUUGUUUGCUACACAGCUUGUUGGCCAGUUUGUUGAUGAAGUACCAGCAGUACAAGUGGGAAAUGACUCAGAAAGUAAUAUUUUUCUGCAAUUUUGUUUACACUUUGUACUAAGUACUUUCACAAUAGCAUAGUGAAGACUGAAUGUUUUAGUAGGAGGUCUCUAUCAUGCACUUUCACAAUAGACCAGGGAAGAGUAAAUGUUUUAUUACGAGAAAUCUGUGGCAUAAAUAUGUACAUACUUUCUGCCUAGAGACAGACACUGGCCAUUUUUUUCCCUUAUGCAAAAUCUUUUCUCAAUGUGCGAAUAAUAUCUGGAAAUUACAUUUUUUAUUGUAUCUUGUAAAAUUUUGAAAACCUGACUUAUUUCAGAGAUAGUUACGAUUAUGAUAUGACAAAGUGACGAUUUACUUAGAAAUUGCAUAUCCAAACAUUGUUACUGCGCAUAAUAUUCUUGGACCCUAUUUCAUAGCAUAAUACUUCAUUCACGUGUUAACAUAUACCAAACAAUUUCAAAACAGUAUUAGUUUAGAAACAAUAGGAAAAUAUACUUCCCAAAAGCAUAUAUUAAUAUUAAAUGAAUUUUAUAAAAAAAUUGUAAAUAAACAAGUUCCUCUAUGGUUAAGACAGAUGACUAUUUUUUUACUUGUUAAUUUGUCUAUAUCAGAGGAUGAGAAAGUGAAGUACUACCGAGAUUUGCUUGUGUCAGAGGCCAGCAGAUUGAACCAAAUGUGUGAUAAGUGGAAUGAAGUCCUUCGUCUCAAUUCUACCUUGGAAGAAGAAAGUUAGUUUCCUGAGAAAAGUUAUUACUUAAGUACCUGUAUUAGUGGUACAGUGUUAGCUGUAGCUAUUCUUAACAGGGGGCUAUUAUUUCCUUCUCUGCAUUGAGAUGGAAGGUCUAGCUCAGUGGUUCUCAACCUGUGGGUCGCGACCCCUUUGGGGGUCGAACAACCCUUUCACAGGGGUCGCCUAAGACCACAGGAAAUUAUAUAUACUCUAUAGCUUUGAAGUAGCAACAAAAAUAAUUUUGUGGUUGGGGGGUCGCCACAACAUGAAGAGCUGUAUUAAAGGAUCGCUGCAUUAUGAAGGUUGAGAACCACUUGUGUGGCUUAUAGGGCACUAAUUAUUUUUUAUUGAAACAACAAAAAAAUUCUGAUUUAUAAGUUAAAUAAUGUGGAAAAUUAAAGCGACUCAUCCAUGUAACAAAUUUCAACUGUUUAGCAUUCUGCAAACCAGAUUUUAAAUAAAUUUAAAAUGGCACACUAAAGCAAAUACAUUUUAAAAACUAUAUAGUAAUUUAAAGAAAAAAUUGGUCACAAAAAUAAGGUAACAAACCUAACAAAUCACUUACUUGUUUUGUUUUUUUCUUUGAGGACUUUGCCAUAAUUAUUUUCUUAUAGAAAAAAUAUUUUAAUUUGUAUAAUAAAUCAUUCUGAAUUCAGCUACAGCAGGGUUUCCCAACCUGGAGUGCAAGAUGGCAUAUCAGAGGGUGUGAGGAAAGGGAUUUAAUAACAGCAAUUACUUUUAAUGAUAUAUGUUAAUGAUAUAAUUUUAAUAAUUACUUCAUUUAGUUUUCUUUUUUGUUAUAAGUCUCAAGUAAUUUCUACAGUUCUCUUUGCUUUUCAGUAAAUAAAUUAAGUCCAUUGUUUAAAUUAUUUAAAAUAAAAUGUUACUUUUCUUGGGGGUGCAAUUCAUAGGGGGUGCAAAACUAUACAAAUAAAGUCUUAGUGGGGGGGGGUGGGGGUGGGGGGUUGUGGAGUAUAUAAGUUUGGGAAACACUGAGCUGUGGAAUGUACCUGUUGCAAAAUAACAUUACAAAAUAUUUGUCCAGUCCAAGGUCAGAUCAGAUCAACUGUUGGUAAAGCUCAGCUGCUCAUUGACCAGAGGUUCAAACAGUUCUCCGGCUUAGUGGAUAACUGCCAAUUUGGUCUUGGUGAACAAGAAACCACACCCACAGAUCUGCAGGGUUUCUGGGAGAUGAUUUAUUUUCAGGUA